AUGAAAUCUGGGGCCCUCCGCCGGACAGUGCAGUACAUUGGACGUCAACUAAAAAAUCCACGAAAAAAAAUCAAUGAUGAUCACCAGCACCCCAUCCCAACCGGUGAUUUUGUAUGCACGAAUUACCUGGAGUUACCACCGGGCAUUCAAAUUCAAGGUUCUUGCUUCCUUCCGCCCGAUUUCCCAUUCCAGGAUGGCUUUGAGGCAGUCGACAACCUGAAUUCGACCCCCGUGCUGCAGUCUCUCGGCGUCCUGAACCAGGCACUUCCUUGUCUCUUUCCUGAUCCAUUCCUCGGGCAUUCAAUCCAGACGAUAUCCAUCGAGGAUACCGUUCGCGCAUACGAGACCUACUUCUCGCCGCCAUCAGUUACCAGCAGCAUCGGACCCUCAUCGCCUUAUACAACACCAAGUAUCAGGGCACGGAUUACACCUUGGAAUCUGGCCGCCUCCUCCUGCACAUCCCAGCUCCGGAGAAAGCCAGAGACAUCAGCCGACGUUUGA